AACCAUGCCAAAAGAAAAGAAAAAGUCCCAGCUGAGCACCAGACCCCAGGAGUCAGCAGCUAACCCCCUUUGUUAAACUUUUCUGCAUCUGGGUUUUAGCCUUUUCUUUCAUUUGUUAUCUUUUCUUUUGGGGUCUUCCAAAAAUUGAGGAAUUUUUUGAGUUCUCAUCAUAAUCAGACUUUCAAUCCUGUUUGGUUGUAAAAGAAUUUCUGUUAAGUACAAAGUUUGGAUUUUUAAUUGGUAUAACUGUUCAUUGGAUUGGCAUAACAGCUUUUCAAUCGCCAAUUUUUCUGCUUGUUCUUUGGGGGGUCUUAGGAUAGAGGGGAUUGAAUAAUGGGAAAUGUAUUUGUGAAGAAGCCAAAAAUAACAGAGGUGGAUCGGGCAAUCCUCUCCCUGAAGACCCAAAGGCGUAAGCUUGCUCAAUACCAGCAGCAGCUGGAGAAUGUGAUUGAGGCUGAGAAGCAAGCUGCAAGGGACUUGAUUCGUGAAAAGAAGAAAGAUAGGGCCUUACUAGCAUUGAAAAAGAAGAAAGUACAGGAAGAACUAUUAAAGCAAGUAGAUACCUGGCUCAUUAAUGUUGAGCAGCAAUUGGCAGAUAUCGAAUUGGCAAGCAAGCAGAAGGCCGUAUUUGAGAGCUUGAAGACGGGAAAUAAUGCAAUUAAAGCAAUACAAAGUGAGAUCAACUUGGAUGAUGUUCAAAAACUGAUGGAUGACACUGCCGAGGCAAAGGCCUACCAAGAUGAAAUUAAUGCAAUAUUGGGAGAGAAGUUAUCAGCAGAAGAUGAAGAGGAAAUUUUGGCGGAAUUUGACAAUCUUGAAACUGAGAUGACGGUUCAAGAUCUGCCAGAAGUUCCAACUGCAGUUCCACCUCAUCCGGAGGAUGAAGAGAGAUUAGAUCUUCCUGAAGUACCAACUAAAGCACCAGCCAUUGCAGAGGCAAUUGAAGAAGAUGUCAAGCGGAAGAAAGUUCUGGAGGAGCCAUUACCUGCUUGAAUGAGCAGUUGUCAUGCUGUCUCGGACAUCAUCUGAUCUAUAUGUAUAUCAAAAUUUGCUAUAACGAUGGCAAUUGAAGCCCUAAUCUAGUUUUAUUUAUUGGCCACUGGCAGCUUCAAUUGUACAUUGUAGUUCAAUCUUUCGUAUGAUUUAUUAUGAGUGGAUUCUUUGGAAACUUGCAUGAUGGUCAAACUUUUGUCACGAACUCAUAAUUUUUUACUUCUGUACAGAAGUAUUUGUCAGUUACUCCAUGUAAUUUGAAAUGUACUUGCUAUUCUUAGUUGAAGACAAUGGCUUUCAUGUCCAUGCUAGAUAGGUUCAUUUUAGAUGCUAUACUCAUGUUGGCUUUUAUAAAGUGUGAUUUUCUUUGUCA